GCGGCGAUGAUUGAUUCGCGACAAUUUUUAGUCUUGACUUAGGUACCAAAUGUGGCUGUAGAGCGCUUUCCGGGGAAGCCCUAGUCAAUAUUUCGCUAGAGAGAGAGAGCGUGUGAGGUCACCCUAUGCGCCCUUGCAGGAGCCUCAGGAGUGUUUCCUGAGGGAAAAAAAAAGAAAAAGAAACAGAAAAAGAACGCAUGAAGGAACAAAAGGGAAAGAGAUCUCUACGACGAGAUCGAUGCUCUUUUUCGGGCUUCAUGGUGCAUGGAAUCUCGAGUUCCAAUCAAUCCGGCCGAUCGUCGCUGUGGGUAUUACACCAUUACAGAUUGAACUACUACAAUACCUUCCCUGAAAAGAAAUCAGAUCUCAACACGCAGUCCAUCUCUGAUUCGAGUGGCAGGAGAACUACUAGAGCCAAACUCAAGAAAGAAUACAAUCCCAAAUCGAGGAAACGGGCGAUUCGGCUUUAUUCGUCGUUUCAGUACCCGGAGAAAGAAACAACGGAUCUCUUCCAUCCAGCUUGCGCAAAGACCAAGCCAACUGGGGCCGCUGAAGAACGGGUGACCAGACCCAUCAAACCAAUAAGCCACCAGUUUCUCGGUGGAAAUCGAGCCCGCUUGACAGGGACUCCAAGUCGAACUGUACCGCGGUCGCUACCGCUGAUUUCUUAGCCUUCUUCGACAUCGUCAACUGACGGACGGUACCUUGUCCCACUUCCUCUCUGUUUGUGCGUCUCGAUUUCUUACGCUUCUUCCUUCCCCCCACAUCCCUUUUAGAGCUCUCAUUACUCCGUACCUUUACAUCUCCCCUCUAUCGUCAUUUCAUGGUUCGAACUC